AUGGGAUCUUUACCGCAAGAGAUUAUUUACGACUUCAUCGUAUGCGGCGGUGGUACCUCCGGCUGCGUCGUUGCGAGCCGCCUUGCUGAGAUUCCUAGCGUGAAUGUUCUAGUCAUCGAGGCUGGUGAACAUAAUGAGAAUCUUGAGAAUGUUCACAUGACAGGAGGAUGGUCGCAACUAUUUGAUAAGGAUACAGAUUGGAACGUCAUCAGCGAGAAGAAGCCUUCAGUCAACAAUCGACAGGUUAAACUGAGCCGCGGAAAGUUCCUCGGCGGCUGUUCUGGCUGCAACGGCACUCUAUGCAUUCGUGGUGCCAAGCAAGACUACGAUGACUGGGGAGUCGAGGGCUGGACAGGUGACGAAGUAUUUAAAUACAUUCGAAAGGCAGAGAACUUUCACGGAAAACCUUGGUUUGAAGCCUCCAAAGACCAUGGCACUAACGGCCACCUCAACAUCGAACCACACGACCUCGCUCCUAUCUCAAACCUCAUCAUGGACUCCAUGGUAUCCAAAGGGCUGCCGCUAGACCACGACAUGUUUUCCCACGGAGAGAAUCCCCAUGGAUGUGGACAUGCACCUAGAACAGUCCAUAAGGGCUUGCGAACCACUGCCGCAGACUUCGUCACGAAGGAAAACAAGAAGGACAACCUUCACCUUCUUAUCGAGACUCAUGUGGAAAAGGUUAUCAUUGAGAAGGCGGACGGUGAGCUCAGGGCAACAGGUGUUAGGGUCAUCAAGGCCGAUGGCUCCGUUGUCGACAUCAAGGCCCGCAAGGAAGUCAUUGUCAGUGGCGGCGCGUACUGCAGCCCCAAUAUCCUGAACCGGUCUGGUAUCGGGGCCAAGGCCGAGCUCGACAAUUUCAAUAUUCCGACGUUGGUUGACUUGCCCGGCGUUGGCAAGAACCUCAUGGACCAUCUCAUUGUCUUCAUGUUUUACGAAACCGAAAAGGCUGGCCUGACCAACGACCACCACGUCUACCACGGCGAUAACUUCGCAAAGACGUACGCCCUCUGGAAGGACCAGCAAGCAGGCUUUCUGUCCACAUUCCCCUUCGGAGCAUUCGCUUACGCCCGUCUGGACGAGCGCCUCGCUGACUCGGAGCUUUGGAAGAACGCCCCAAGGCAACCGGGCCGCGACCCAAUGGGCCUUACGCCCAAGCAGCCAAACAUUGAGUUCUUCACCACUGAGUGCUACGGAGGUCCGAAGCAGUAUGACCAGUUCCCGACCGACGGUAAGUAUGCCUUUAGCAUGAUUGCAGAGCUCUUUGGGCCUCGGUCUCGCGGCACGGUUGCGCUUCGCGACACCGAUGCCAAAUCUGUCCCAGUCGUGGACACGAAUUACCUCUCUGAUCCAUUGGAUGUGGAGGUUCUGGCUGAGGCGUGCCGCUUCGGUAACGAAAUCAUCAUGGAAGGUACAGGAACCAAGGAUAUCGUCAAGGGGUCUUGGCCGAGCGAUUUGGUGCAUCACAAGCACACUACUCGCGAGGACUGGAUACCCUAUGUCCGGGACAACGCAACGACCUGCUACCACGCUGCGGGAACUUGUGCCAUGGGCAACGCCUCUGAUCCCAAGGCGGUUGUCGAUCCAACACUCACAGUGAAGGGUGUCAAAGGCCUUCGAGUUGCUGACUGCAGCAUUAUGCCCGUUCUUAAUGGCGGCCAUACCCAGAUGCCUGCAUAUGGAAUCGGAGAAAAGGCGGCUGACCUUAUCAAGACGGCAUGGAAGCUAUGAAACAUUAUUAGCGGCAUGAGUUGAAGAAAUAGCAAGCAGCAUGUAGAUUUCCUGU